GGGCGGUUCACUAACUUAUGAAAGGGGAUAAAUAAAUGAAACUGAUCAUUCUAUCUUUUCUAUUCAAGUUCAUUUCCAAGAGAGGCUUUGUACUCCGUAGUUACAGGUGGCUGAGGUGAUUGCUGUGGCAACACCGCCAGAUGUUUCGCCCUAUUAAAUAAUAUCAAAAUCGCCUUGAUGACAAUCUAAAAUUUAACCUUCACCUCAAGCUUGUGAGAACGUCCACUGGAGCUUUUACCCAACUGCCCAUAUCCCUACCUUAAGAAAAGCCUCCCGUCAACUGGCAAAGGGGUUGCAUCCCACUCAUCACACCCGAUCAUUCGCACCCACCCGCUGCGGACUUCAGCCUACCUACCGAUUGUCCCCCUUCACUGUGAACAAACAUUUAGAUCCACAACCUACCCUACCCUACCCACAUACCUAAAGUGCAAGAAAGCAAUUUAGAUGGUGAUCUCCCUCCCGUCAAUCGCUGUCCCCGGCCAGCGAUUGGGCCCUGCCUCAUCGUUCAUUCCAGGCCCGGGAACUCACAUCCAGGAUGCCUUCGUCUGCGCCUCGAUUGCCGGCCCCGUCGUUUUACAGAAGGGGGGGGAGGAAGAGGAGUCGAGACAGCAAUUGCAGAAACAACAAGCACAACAACAGCAACAACAAAGGACACUUGUGAUGGUCGCGCGCUCGUUUGCGCAGACGCUUGAAGGGGGGGCCUAUGGAGCUAUGACUGGUAAUAAUAGUAAUAAUAGUAGUAAGAGUGGGAGCAGUAUAAGCCGCACGCCGCAGGCACAAAAACCUCCAGUAAAUACCUCCCCACUUCCAACACCAACAACAAAAAGACCCAUAAAACACAAAUACAACACCCUCCCCGCCGUCGGCUCCAUCGUCCUCGCCCGCGUCACCCGCGUCCAAAAGCGCCAAGCAACCCUCUCCAUCCUCGUCGUCCUCGACGAUAACCCCUCCUCCCCCUACCCCACAACUACCGCCGUCAACGACCUCCCCGCCUCCCUCCUCUCCACCACAAAUGCCGACCCCCUCAAUGCCGAUGACCUCCGCUUCCAAGCACUAAUCCGCAAGGAAGACGUGCGCGCCGUCGAGAAGGACCGCGUCGUGAUGGACGAGAUGUUCCGCGUCGGCGACAUUGUGCGGGCCGUGGUGAUUUCGCUAGGCGAUCAGAGCUUCUAUUACUGCUCGACGGCGAGGAAUGAGUUGGGCGUUGUGAUGGGGCGGAGUGAGGAGGGGAAUGUGCUUGUGCCGGUUAGUUGGAGGGAGAUGGUUGAUGGGAAGAGUGGGAGGAGGGAGGCGAGGAAGGUCGCGAGGCCGUAUUAAAAGGCGGACUUAUUUUCUUUAUUUUUUUAUAUUAUAUUUAUCGGGGUUUUGGGUGGUGGUUGGGCUAUUGGUUGGGCGAUGGAGGUUGGAGUAGUUAAGUUAUCCUCCCGCUUGGGUUUACACUAUAAUCUCGUUUCUUUUUUCUCUUUAUGAUGAACGCAGGUGAAUGGACGGGUGGAAAGACUUUGUUGUCUGGCACAAGACGGUGGGCUUUUAGAAUACCAUGGCAUGAUAGGCAAGAAUCAACUACUGGGUGCUGCAGUAUAUCUACAAAUAAUACAAAUACUCGUAACUUUGUGCUGAGGAGAAACAUAGCACGGAAAGCCUAAUGAACAGACAUGCCAGACACCAAUUUUAAAAAAAAGGGAUCAAGGACCCAUAAGACAUAAUUCCAGAAGAGGAGGAAUUUUCUCUUCAUAUUUCUCUCUCUCUCCCUCUCUCUCUCUUUUUUUUUUUUU